CCCGACUCACCCCGCAGUCACCCUUGAGCUGAGCCAUCUGUACUCGCCCACAAUGUCGUCUCCGACGCGCCGACAGCUAUCCUACGACUUCCCAUCCUCCGCGUCUUCUUCAUCCUCCUCAACCCACUCUGCCUCCUCGCGCCGAACUCGCCCACGCUCGCCAGUGCGGCCUCGAUGGGAAACAGCCUCGCCUGUGCGGUAUCUGGAGGAGGAGGAUGAGGAGAUGGAUUACGAUGCGUAUGGCUACCCCCGCAUCCCCUCAAACCCACCCGAGCCCUACACCACCCUGCCCCGCACGGGCAACCAGUGGGUCCGCCCACCAUCACCCACAACUCCCUCCUACUACACUGGCUUCUCGCCCUAUCCUCCUGCGUACCAAUCUUGGAUGCCUGGAAGCGCCGACUCCGACACGAGUGCCCUCUCCGCCGCUGCCUCCGAGAAAGAGCAUACGCACCACCCCCUGUCUCCGUUCUGCCACGCGCCAAAUGCGAAGAUUCGCAAGUCUGCCCGGCGACGCAGUCUCGACGAGCCGAAACCCGUCCGCGAAGAGCUCGCGCCUGCCCGCUCGUCCUUUGACUCGCCCAGACCUGCCUACCUGUAUCCGACAUACCAGCCGCGAGUCGACGAGGAGGAAGACGACGUUACGGGGGACGAGGAACCGACUGUGGUCGCGGACAAGGAGAACGUUUCCCCCUCGAGCCACUCUCCGUCCUCUCUGCGCCGCCACUGGGCAGCGCUCAGCUUGCGGGUGCGAUUCGGCGUCUUUCGCGCGAAGCGGAGAAUGCGGGACCGAGUGCUGAGCUUGUGAGCUCGCUUCUUUCGCGCCGUACCACCUAGCCGGCCAUCCACGCAUAUAUCGCUCGCAUUGCACUCUCUGUUCGCCGUCUCACGCAUUCCAUCUGCUAUGUAUACCACACAUCCAUUUGCAUUCGCAUUCGCAUUCGCACCCAUCUUGUUAUCGUCCCCCCGCGGAACCCCUUCUUGUAUGCACUCCUCCAUGUAGCCUCUUCUCUUUAUGACGCCCGUCCGCUUUUGGACGCGUCGCAUUGUACGCUGUCCGCACGACAUUCACCACAUAUGUACUACUUCCAGCCGCUGCAUCCCACAUUGUACACUUUACCCAUAGCCAUAACCAACCAAUGUAGACUUGCGGGCUCGAUGCCUGAUGCAAUCCAAUCCAAUACUGCACAUUCAAUUUGGAGUCGUCCGACGGGAUCGAAUAAGCAGCGAGUGGCGGUGGAGUCGCUGCCGCUCCAUGGCAGAGUAUACGUAUGCUCGCUCCUCCGGAGCGCGUGUGAGUGGAGGUCGGGCUCCCGCUGUCAGCCAUCAUCCGAUUCGCGGCGACGCAGAGAAAAAAAAAGUAUACGAGGUCGUAUGACGUCACGCGUCCGAUCCGCUCUCCCCGACCUGAAUCCACUCCCAUUUUUUUUGGCUAUUCUAUGUAUUCGUGUCAAACCAAACCCGAUCGCGAGCACACGACGUCCGGUCCGGGCAUGGAAGGUAAACCAGAGAAAAACAAACGAGCGCAUUACUUGAGCGCGGCCCGCUGAGGCUUGUUAGGGGUUGGGUGUAAGUUGGGGCUGCGCGGACGAUCCGCGGCGGAGUCCUCGCUGGAUUCUUAGGAGGGAGAAGAGAAGGAGGAGCUCGGGUGCACACAAUACAUUACAGUACUGGUGCAUGGUGCGCUCGCGUCGGUCAGGGGCUUGUGCGAACUCUGCAUGCGCGCCGAUUCGGAACCUCAUCGAGCUCGAAUGCAUCGGCGCUCCAUGUGACAAGUGGGAUGCUAAGCUUUAGAAUUCACGGAAGGGCUGCUGAAAAUCAGGAGCGAUAGAAUGAAUUGAGGACCCCAGAUUCUGAUGCGACUUGAAGUCAGGUCUUCCAAGUGAUCGUUGACAGUCCAUCCAAUUCGUGGUGCCCGGCCAGAAUUGCUGAUUCCAUGUCGCCAUCUUCAUUCGCCCAGAAACUAAUGCCGAGGUGGUACGUAGGUAAGUAGAUACAUGGAUUGAAUGAACGAGAAUCCUCGGGUGUCGAACAAGCUCGGAACGGACAGGCAGACGCAUCUUGUCUCGGUCGCGAAAAGCGCAAGCCGCUACCCUCAAAGGCUCAGCGGCUCGAUGUCCAUUGCGGCGCUUGGCGCGACGCUCUGACGCGCUUUCUGACCCGCAGUUGGCCUAUGAUGAUGAAAGGAGACAACUAGGCUACGUCACUCACUGCACGGCGCUGCGGCUGAUUCGUCUCACGCCGCAGCAGCGCGGGGCAGGUGCUGAUGCUGUGCCACCGUACGACACUGGCGCGGCGAGCAGAUGACCUGCCGCACGGCCCUGGGGUGGAUGUAUGCGCGCAGGCGCGGAAGACCUCCGCUGUUUCCCAAUCGGGGUGAUUAGGCCACACGGACAGAUUUGCCCACCACACGGGCGCAGAAGCCGGGGUUUAUGUAUCUAUCAGGAAGGAUGUCGGGACGCGGUCACACAGGCUCGGGUCAGGAUCGGUUCGCGGGUGGGUCGCCGAUAACAUCGGAGCACGAUCAAGGCGGGAGUGAAUCAACAAAGACCGUGUCAUUUGGCAGCAGGAGACGUGAGAGAGUAGAAUAGGGUGAGGUCAGCGCAUGAACGUGUUGCUACAGACAGAAGGCAGACCGACGUAAAAAGCCAAGGGGGAUGGACGCGCAAGCACUCAGCAAGGCUGACCUUGUGACCAUUGCCCAGAAUCGAUCCCACAAAACACGCGUCCGAAUAUCGCCGCCAAGAUCAUACGAGUAGAGCUUGCAUCAGCCCGAGGAAAGAUGUCCGUCAUGAGGUCGCAGCGCCAGCGCGUAAAUACACACUACGCACCAGAAGACGACGCCCUGUCAGCCGCAAGGCGGUGCCUCGAGCCAGCUCAUCCGUGAUCGGCGCGGGGACGACGCUGAUACCAAGAACGCGAGUGACUCGGUAUUGACAUGUACUUCGUGCGGAGCGGGUACAUCAGUCGGAGGGAAGGAGUGUCCGCUGCUGCUGGAGCUUGUGCACGUGAUUUGAUAAGAUCAGUCCAGCCUAAAAACUUGCAGUGUGGACAAUUUCAUAUGCUACUGUUCGAAAGAAAGACUCGGGUGCUUCAAGAGCGAGCCGCAGGGCGAAGAGAGAAAGGCGGAGCUGUAAGUGGGAUAGACUUGUACACAUUCGCGGGUAUCAGUAAUAAAGCAGUGUAUGAGAUU